AGGGUAUAAUCUGUAGAAGAUACCGCCGCUACUGCCUUUUCCCAAUGUUUCUUCACCAUUUAUGUUAACAAACACUCCGAUCGUGAAUGGAAGCGAACAAUUCAAGAAGCAAGUUCAAGAGAGUCUGCGUCUUCUGCGGCAGCAACUCCGGCCAUCGGAAAGUCUUCAGCGAUGCUGCUCUUGAUCUCGGAAAUGAACUGGUCGCGAGGAAGAUUGAUUUGGCGUACGGUGGGGGAAGUGUUGGGCUUAUGGGUUUGAUAUCACAGACUGUAUACGAUGGAGGCUGCCAUGUUCUUGGGAUCAUUCCAAAAGCUUUGAUGCCCCAUGAGAUUUCUGGACAAACUGUUGGGGAGGUAAGAACAGUUUUGGACAUGCAUGAGCGCAAAGCUGCAAUGGCUCGAGAAUCAGAUGCUUUUAUUGCUCUUCCUGGAGGGUAUGGGACAAUGGAAGAGCUGUUGGAAAUGAUAACCUGGGCUCAACUGGGUAUCCAUAAGAAACCAGUUGGGCUGCUUAAUGUUGAUGGUUACUACAACUCUUUGUUGGCUCUGUUUGAUAAUGGCGUUGUGGAAGGUUUCAUUAAGCCUGGUGCUCGAGCGAUUGUGAUAUCUGCUCCAACAGCAAAGGAACUCAUGGAGAAAAUGGAGGAACAUACUCCAUUCAGUGAACACAUUGCUCCACAUGAAAGCUGGGAAUUGGAGCAGCUUGGUAACGACCAGUGCCAAGAACAUAACCCAUGACUGGUAAGUGGUAAUGGGUCUUCAUUUUUAAUCAUGUUGUGAUGGGGCCAUAAGUGGUUCAUCAUUGUGUAC